AAUUAGUAUUAACAGCCGGAAAUGGAAAAUAUGGAGGGAAAAGAUGAAAAUAAGAAACUUCUUGGAUACUAAAUAACACUUUAGAGAUAUUGAAUAAAAGGAUGUCAGCAGCCAUGGCUACCGAGAAGAGACAAAUGAUCCACGGGGUGGAGGUGGUAUUCCCAUGUAAGCCCUACCCGUCCCAGUUUAGUAUGAUGGAAAAGGUGAUUAAAGGAAUCGAGAGAAGAGAGAACUGUCUUCUGGAGAGUCCCACAGGCAGUGGCAAAAGUUUGGCCCUGUUAUGCUCAGCGCUUGCAUGGCAGGCUGCAGAGUACAAUAAAAGGGAAAAAGAACUUACAAAUUCAAGUGACAAAGAAACCAAGAAACAUUGUACUUGUAAUGAUGACAAAAAGGUGGAGAUUGAAAAUAGAAUUACAGAAAGUAAUUCAGUAAUUAAAAAUGUACUGAGUGCUGUUUCUAACAGUUCUUCAGCGUUUGGAGAGGAUGAUGAUGACUUCCAACAGCCUGGAAGUUUCAGAACACCAGGAAAUCUCAAACAGAAUGCCAGAAGACAUCUGUCCAUUUCCUAUGAGAUCUCCCCACCGGCUGAUGGGCCUUCAACGAAAGGAGAUUCGGCCGAAUCGGACAAACCCUGUGCAUGUUGUUCUGGUGACACACCCAAAGCUAGAAAGGUACCUAAGAUUUACUUUGGUACAAGGACACAUAAACAGAUUACCCAGAUCAUACGGGAACUGAAGAAAACUGCAUACCGAGAAGCCAAAAUGACUAUUUUGGCUGCCAGAGAGCACACAUGUAUACACCCAGCUGUCAGUCAAAUGAGGGGAAAGAAUGAGGGCUGCAAGGAGUUGCUGGAUGGCCCAGGCUGUAAAUUCAAUGAGCAUUUAAAGAGAGUUCCAGCAUCUCAAGUCUACGUCAAGAGGCAUGGCCUGACAGAGGCCUGGGAUAUUGAAGAUUUCGUGGGACUCUCCAAAUCACUGAAGAUUUGUCCAUACUUUGCCACGAGAGAACUAAGAAGUGGAGCGGACAUUGUGUUUUGUCCAUACAACUAUUUGAUUGACCCAAUUAUAAGGCAAACGAUGGAAAUAAACCUGAAGGAUCAAGUGGUCAUACUCGACGAAGCCCACAAUAUGGAAGACAUUUCACGGGACUCAGCCGGGGAAAAAAUUGGGGACGAUGCCCUGGAGAAGGCAAUCAAUGAACUGGAUGAGCUGAUAAAAUAUGAGAUCCUGACGGCAGAACAUCUGCGAGUGAGGCAGUUGUGUGCCGGACUUCUGGGAUUCAUUAGAGACUACCAAGACAAUUUAGAAAGUAUGGACUUUAACCAUGAGUUCAAGUGUUGGUCAAGUUACGAUAUUGUGGUCAGACUGGAGAAGAUCGGGGCAGGGCCUAAGCACUUCCAGGAAAUGCAGCAACACCUAAAGAAGGUGUUCGAGGAAGCCACGGAUAAAGAAACGGUUGUUAAAGAUGUGUCAGGCCGUGUUAUCAAGCUCAGUAGCGCCACCUUACAGACGCUGGAACACAUUAUCAAGGUGUUUGUGUACCUGUACAAGAAUGAUCUCCAAUAUGUGACAGACUACAGAAUGGCUGUUGUCAAGGCAACAGUUUAUUCCAGGAAUUCUAACACAGAUAUGUGGUUGAGUUCAAAGAAAAGAAUGGGAGGUCAAUCUAUGCAUCCUACCACCCAGCUGUCUUUGAACUUCUGGUGCAUGAAUCCUGGAGUGGCCUUUUCUGACCUCUCAGUAUGUAGAAGUGUAGUGCUGACCAGUGGUACUCUAUCACCAAUCAACUCAUUCGAGUCGGAGCUAGGUGUACCCUUCCCCAUUAAACUGGAGGCCAAUCACGUGAUUGAGGAUAAACAGGUGUGGGUGGGGGCAGUGGGUCAGGGGCCCCGGGGAGGAACCCUGGAGGCGGUCUACAGGUGUGUGGAGACUCUGCAGUUUCAGGACGAGCUGGGGGACCUGGUUCUCGGGGUAUGCCAGCAAGUGCCACAUGGAGUUCUUUGUUUUGUUCCAUCCUACUCCACUCUGAGUAAGCUGAAGAGCAGAUGGGAGAUCACAGGUUUAUGGGAGCGGAUCAAGGAGUACAAAGAGGUGAUGAUAGAACCUCGUGCCUCAGAGAAAGUAGAUUUUGAGGGUAUGAUGAGGCAGUAUUACGACUCUGUCGACAUGUUGCGGGACCAGGUGGAUGGACUGAAGACAGGAGCGCUGUUUGUGGCGGUGUUCAGGGGGAAGGUCAGUGAGGGGAUGGACUUCGCUGACAACUAUGCCAGAGCAGUUAUCACGGUUGGCAUUCCAUAUCCAAACUCAAAAGAUGUCCAGGUGAAAUUUAAACAGGAGUAUAACAACAUGUACAGGUUAUCACGUGGACUUCUGUCGGGGUCAGAGUGGUACGACAUUCAGGCCUUCAGGGCCCUGAACCAGGCUCUGGGGCGGUGUAUAAGGCACAGAAAAGACUGGGGAUCCAUCAUUCUGGUGGAUAACAGAUUUGUCAAGAAUGGACAUAAAAUUCAAGGUUUGUCGAAGUGGGUGAGAAGGAAGGUUCAGACACACCAGACAUUUAAUUCAGCCAUCAACUCCAUCAACAAGUUCACGAAGGCUCGGCAAGAAGAUAUGCCUGUUGUCAAUCCAGACACAUCCUUCAUACCUGGAACCCCAGUAACACCUGGUCAACACCUGGGAUCACUGAUGACGUCGCCAAAUACCUCUACAACCUGUGGGUCAGAGACACCUAGAGGAAGAAAAUUCUCAUCGGAAAUUCCACUGAAAUCUAUAGUGAAAUCUCCAAACACAUUAUUAGGAUCAGCUGAUCAGAGAACAGGCGGGUCAGAUGAUUGUGUGUUAAUGUCUCCGACUGAUGUCCACAAGAAUCAGAGUUACCAAGGUCUGGUUCAGAAUCAACAAGUGGUGCAACCAGAGGUGUCCCAAAAUAACCAGAUGUGUGUACCUGCAGCACAACCGCUGGACCACAUGUCACAAAUAAUGAAGGUCAUAAACUCUUCUAGUGCUCCUAAAAAUAAGGCCUACUAUAUCAUCAUUGGGCAGGGAACGCCUCAACAACAAAUGUAUCUGAUUGAACCUCCUGCUCAACCUGCAAUCCAGCCUAGCAAAAAAGUCAUAGUGCCAUCUCCUAACCUAAGUAGAGGUCAGAUUGUGAACAAUAUUGUUAGACAACCUGGUACACCCGCCACAAAAGGUCAAUGUACAAUGGAAGUUCAAGGUCAAACACCAAACAAACUUCCCUUCAAUCACACUCCUGGUAAAAGUUUACUAGUGAAGGUAGGAUCAACAGCUCAUCAACCAAAGACUUGUACAACUGGAAAUGAACAUCUCAAUACCACUGGUGCACAGUCUGUCAUAGACCUGACUGACAAUUCUGAACAACCACAAAAAAGUCAAGUUGAGAAAGAUAAGGUUGUUGAUAUAGAUGUGCAAGCUGUUGAAGAAAAGAACAUUGAUGGAAAAUUGAUCUGUGGGAAUGUUGAUGCAGUUAAACAAAAUGAUAAUAGUCCUGCUGAGAAAAGCAACAGGUUUUACAAAUUCUGUAGCAUUAAUGAUCCUAGGAAUAUAAACUCGGUGACAAAAACUCCAAAUAAAGCUCAGGAGCCUGUCACGCCUGUACUAUUUGGUGGAAAUUCACAAGAGGAGGAGGAAGAGAAUAAAGAGUCGACACAAACAAGUGCUGUAUCCACAACUAGAAAACCUUUGUUCAGGAAAACUAAAAAAGACAACAGCAAAGAAUCGUCUGAUACGGUACAGAUAAAUGAUAGCGAGGAAGAAUUCAAAACCACCAGACAGUCGACUGCAGCUACAGAGGUGGAAGCUAGUCCUAAGAAGACUGUGAAGGAUUCAGAUCAGAAAAGAUCAUCUGAGAAGGAGGAGGUUUGUCAUUUGAAGACAAGAAGGGGACCUCGAGGACUAAAGAGGAUCUCUGCCCAAAAACCUAACCUGAGGAUGUCCAAACGCAAAAGAGGGGUGGACUUUGUGGAUGAUGAAGAGGACUGCAAGGAAAAUCAGUCUACAAGGCAGUCACAAGUCAGCUGUAAGAAAUGUGGACAGUCCUUGCUUAGUCCACUGGGUGAUUAUGAAAAAAGAAAAAGAAUUCCCAAAUUCUUGGAAGGCGUGGGUAUCUUUAGGAACAAAGCAGUACUUUUCACGUCUGACAAUGAAAAGAAGAGCCAUUUCCAGCCUUGUACUGCAGACACUGCUGGUGUAUCACUGAACAGUGUCUGGUAUGAGGAGGAGAAAUGUUGUGUCCAGUUCAUUUCUUGUACAGGGUGUCACAAAGUUGGUGAACCAGCUUAUGUUAUUGGGGCUCAUAUUGUGUGCGUGGACCGUGUAAAACCUGCAAAAGAGUAUGAAAAGGGACAGGUAUGGUUGAUUGCUGGGGAAGUUUCGAUAGGAGAUUGUUAGUGCCUGGAUCAUGUUGAAUAUUAAAUAAUGAUAUUUUUGGCUUGUUAUGAAUAAAUUUACAUGAAUGUU